AUGGACCACGCAACUACCACGCAACUGAGCACCUCGAACCCCCACAGAGGCUCGUGGGGCUCCACAUCGUCAGCCUUCUCCAACAUUGAAAUGUCUUUCUCCCACGACAGUUGCUAUGGCUCGGACGAGGUAUCAGUCACAUCAAAUGGUACCGCUCCCGGUCAGCUGAACUCUGCCACUGUCGCCGCGAAGCAAUCUAUUCGCCCUUUCCUGAAAUCGAUACUCAAAAACCCCUCUACCGUGUUUGAAUCUGACGAGGAGUCUGACGAGGAUUCCGACUCGGAGUCGGGCUAUAGCUCGGAUGGAAUCGACUCGGAUUACGAUGCGCUAUCUGACGAAGAGGAGGAAGAUGACGAUAUGUCCGACUUCUCAGUCUGGGAUGGCGAAACUUCUCAAGAUGUUCCUGAGACGCACGAAGAUCACACAGAAUCUUUCGAUGAUGCAUUCAUCUCCUUCGAGGAAAAUUCCGUGCGCUUUGACCCGGAUGUGCAGUACAUCGACAGCCCGGACGUAUCGGAUGAUGAAGAUGACCACCAAAUGACUUGUCAUGAGAUGAUGUUGCUUGCACGGAACACCAGUGGUACCCAAACCCUCCUGGAUCAACUCGACAAGAUGGAUAUCCAAGACGAGCAGGACGAAGAAGAAGAAUGUCCCAAGGAGUAUGUCCGCAAAUCUGUCACUCAACCAGACGAGUUCUCGCGGGAUGCUGUCGAUCUCGAUCGCAGCCUCUUCCUCGCCUACAUCAAUGGCAUCCAUGGCAUCACCAACAAGACAUAUGAGCAACAGUAUGAGGCCUAUCUCCGGUCUCACGUUGACCACGUUCGCCUGGGCAAGGAUAUCGAUGGCAUGAGUCCCGAAGAUGCGCCUGCGCUUUAUUUCGAUACUAUCUCUAGUCAUGUCAUUGGCACUUUCCGCAACCUUCUCGCCGAUGACGAGUGGAACGAGCUGAUCUCCUUCCGCGCGGAAGAGCAAGUCGAAGAGAAUGACUCGAUCACGUGCUCACUCGACCUGGACCACCACCGAGCACUCUUGACCAAGAUUGAAAAGUUCCUUCUGGAACGGCUGAUGGACGGCCUAGUUGACGUCGCUCCUGAGGAGUUAACCCUCUUUGCAGGUAGCAUUGUAUCUGAGCUCGAUACUAAAACACUGCCUGCACGGUCUCAAGACGCCAGUGCAUAA